AUGGCUCCAAGAAUUGACUUAAAGACCAUUACCGAUUUAUCUGUUCUCUUCGGAACUGCAAUUUCAGUGUACUAUUUGGUGAAUAGACUACUAACAGAGGCUGAAGGAGGUCCUUUAUCAGGUAACUCGAAAGAAAAGAAGGAGAGACAAUCGUUAGUAUGGCAAAGAUUAUGUGCUGCCAACCCCGAAUUGGAUGAUGUCAGUUUGAAUGCAUACGAGCGUAGCGUACUUGCUUCUGUCAUUACGCCUCAAGAUAUCGAUGUUUCUUUUGAAGAUAUUGGUGGGUUAGAAGACGUUAUCGAGGAACUUACAGAAAGUGUCAUUUACCCUCUAACAAGUCCGGAAAUUUUCUCCGAAAGUGCAUUAUUGGAGGCGCCAAAGGGUGUUCUUUUGUAUGGACCACCAGGAUGUGGUAAGACUAUGAUAGCAAAAGCACUAGCACACGAAAGUGGAGCCAAUUUUAUAUCUAUCAGAAUGUCUUCUAUAAUGGACAAAUGGUACGGUGAAUCCAAUAAGAUCGUUGAUGCCAUGUUUUCUUUGGCUAACAAGAUUCAACCAUGUAUCAUUUUCAUCGAUGAAAUUGACUCCUUCUUAAGACAGCGUGCUUCAUCAGAUCAUGAGGUGACAUCUAUGUUGAAAGCCGAGUUUAUGACUCUUUGGGAUGGUCUUACCUCCAAUGGGAAGGUUAUGGUACUUGGAGCCACGAAUAGGAUCAAUGAUAUCGAUUCUGCAUUCCUAAGAAGAUUACCUAAAAGAUUCCCUGUUGCAUUGCCUAACGCACAACAACGUCAUAAAAUACUAAAAGUGUUUUUGAAGGAUACAAAGUCAGACCCUCGCGAUUUCGAUUUGGAUUACAUUGUACAAUGCACAUCUCAGAUGUCAGGAUCCGAUUUAAAAGAACUAUGCAGAGAUGCUGCACUUACUGCAGCAAGAGAAUAUAUCAAAGAGAAACGCAAGCUGACAGAAACUGGAAAGACAGACAAUCUAAGUCGCCUCAAAAUGAGGCCCCUAACAAAUGAAGACUUCUUGAAAAAUCUCAAAAUCGACGCUGGUGCAACAUUUUCUAGAGCUGCAUUAGAUUGA